GGCCGAGGCAGUGUCACACGUGUUGCUCUGAAGAUGUCGGAACAGACGGAACCGGCGGGGCCCCUCCUGUCCCUGGAUCCCAAACAGCAAGGAGAGUUCCAGGAGAGGGUGCGGAAGAUCCGCAAGAGGAACCGAAAGGUACGGGGAGGGGAGAUCGGUCCNGGCGUCCUCUACAUCGGGCACAUCCCCCAUCUACUGCACGAGCCUCAGCUGAGGGAAUAUUUCGGCCAGUUCGGAACAGUCACGCGGCUCCGCCUCUCCCGGAGUAAGAAGACCGGGAACAGUAAGGGAUACGCCUUUAUCGAGUUCGAGUGCGAGGAGGUGGCCAAGAUUGUGGCAACCGAGAAGCAGCAGCGGAAGAUGACGAAGAGGAUGCUGACAAAGGAGUCGAACUUGAGGAAGCGGCUGGCAGAGAAAGGCAUCGACUACGACUUUCCGGGAUUUGCCGCUCACAUAAAGAAGACCGAGGACGCCAAUAUUACAGUCAACAGUGAUGCUCCGACCCCAGUGUGUACGCCCAGCAUCCUGGAGAGAAGGAAGUCCACCCAUCUGGAAGCCCCUGAGGACAGCGAUGACGAGAUCAUCGUGAAGUUACCGCAGGUUAAAUCUGCGUCAAAGAAGAAAUCCAAGCUCAGCAAGUCCGCCCAGGAGGAACCCCCGGAGGACAGCGAUGAUGAGAUCGUUGUGAAUGUACCGGAAGUUAAAACACCACCAAAGAAACCGAAGUUCCGGAAGUCCGCCCGCGUGGAAGCCCGCGGGGAUGGGGAAGGUGAGAUCGUUGUGCGUGCACCCAAAAUGAAAACUCCAGCAAAGAAAUCGAAGCUCGGCAAGUCCCCCCAUGUGGCAAAACCCGAGGACAGCGAUGGCGAGAUCGUUGUGAAGGUACCGGAAGUUAAAACCACAUCGAAGAAGAAAUCGAAGCUCAGCAAAGUGGACAAGAGAAUGAAAAUUAGAAAACUGAAACUGCAGACCAAUUAA